GUCAAAACAGUCCUUUUAUUUAUAUGUUUUUGAUUUUUUAGUUUAUAAAAAUAGAUAUAAGUUAGGAUGUCUCAGAGCCAAGACCCAGAUCCUGGGGGGUCCCAGGAUAGUACCCGUAGAGAGAUUUCUGAUCUAAAAGAUCAAAAUGAACAGCAACUUGUUCUCAUAGCCCAACUUAAGGAAAUGUUAAGGAAGAGUGACCAGCAGACCAAAGUUACAGAUGAUAAAGUGCAGGAGUACAUAAAAACAUUAAACAGAAAGAAGAAGAACAAGUCCAAAAAGGAUGAUGGUUCAGAAGCCAGUACAGUUAAUAUAGAUUCUAAUAAAAAAGAAAGGCUGAAUUUACUCAGACAACAAAUGGAAGAAAAUAAGGCAAAGUUGGCUGAAAGAGGUAAAAGCCAAAAAGGUUUGGAAGAAAUGGUGUCUCAACUCACAGUGCAAUUCAAUGACUCUCAGCAAUUAAUUAGUCAGACCCCUUUAAAUUUAUCACUUCAAGAAACAAAAACUUUGGACUAUAACAAAAACAGUUCACAAGAGGAAUUGUACAACAUUUUGUUAACCAAAGAGAAGAAAAUAACAGAACUGACCAGCAAAAUUCAAAAGUUAGAAGGAAGUGUUAUAGAUUUACAGGAAAACCUUAAGGAAAAAGACUCAGUCUUGGAUGCUAGAACUAAAGCCAUAACUUUAAUGACUGAAUCUUUGAGUAAAAAAGGAAAAAACACCUUAGAUGAAUUGGAAGAAACCAAAGAACAGAUGAGGAAAAUGCAAGAGAACUUUAUUAUGUUAGAACAGGAAAUGAAAACUAGACAGUUAAAACUCUUGGAUGAUUUGAAAUUGAAAAAUUCAGAAAUCUUAGAUUUGCAAGAAAUGAAUGCUAAUUUAGAAAAAGAAAAGGAACAAUUGAAACUUGAGCUAGAGGAAAAUGUUAAAAUGUUAGAAGAAUUCAGACAGAAAGAGAUGUCACCAACACAAUCUGAAACACCCUCUCCAAGCAAAGGCAAAAAGAAAAAUAAGAAAGGUAAACAACAGAAAAAAGCAGAUGAUCCAUCUUCAGAGGAACCUGAUCUACAAUCAGAGAUUACAAGGUUGAUUGCUGAACUAGAUGAACUGAAAAAUGCUAAUGAAAUAUUGUUGGAGAAGAAUAAUGGUCUAGUAGAUGAGAAUAAUAAUUUAGUUGCUACACAUAAAACUCUUGUUGACGCAAAUGAAGAACUAACUAAGAAAGUAAAGCAGUUGGAGGAGGAAUCAACAAAAACUUUAGAAGAAUUGAACCAGAUAAAAGACAGUAUAAGGGAAAAAAUUGUUUCUGAUGCAACACCUGUAGAUGAUGAGGAAGUCACCAAAUUAAAGAAACAAAUUGAUGAAAAUAACAAACAGAUGAUUAAAAUUAAAGCCCAGCACAAAAACAAAAUUAAAGAUUUGACUAAAAAAUUAGAUACAUUCAAGAAGAUGAGUGAUGCAAAUGCCAUGAUUUUGCAAUUGCAGAAUGAGAAUUCUAAGUUGGAGCAGAAAAUUGCAGAACUAGAAGAUGAGAAGGGUAAUUUACAACUCAAAAUGAUGGAAUCUGUGGAGUCUAUUAAAGAUGAAAGUGUUGAUAAUAAGAUCAAGGAGAAGGAUGAUGUCAUAGUCACUUUAGAAAAUGAAAUAACAAAUCUGAGAGCUGAAAUUGAGGGCUUGAAUGAAAAAAUUAAUAACUUUAAUGCAGUACAAACUGAAAAAGUUCAAUCUGAAAUUACCAACAUACAAAUUGAGGAGAAACUAGAUAUUAUAGAAGAUGAGAAAAAAUUGCUCAUUAAUGAAAAACAUAAUUUGGAAAAAGAGAACCAAGAUCUUCAAGAAAAACUUGAUAACAUUAUCAAGGAGAAAACAGAAUUAAAUACCAAAUUAGAAAACUAUAUUCAGGAGAACAUGGAAUUAAUUGACAAACUUGAGAAACUAUCUGCGGAAAAAGUUUCUUCUGCAGAAAGCAUAGAAAUUGUAGAGGGUUUAACGCAACAAGAAAAGCUCGAUUUUGCAGCCUAUCAGCAAAAUCUUGAGGCAACUGAUGAUUUGAAAUGGAAUAAAGAUAACAUGGAAUCUUCAGAUUUGCCAAUUGAUCAGGGUGAAGGUCACGAGGAAUUAAAUGAGACAGUUUCGCAACUGAAUGAAGACUCCGCGGAACUUCUACGAAAGAUCGAAAUGUUCAAUGUCGAACGAAAAGAGGUGAUGGCAAAGCUGGACUCUCUGCGUGAGGAAAACGAGAAGCUUCACUUACAAGUUGGGGAAAUUGAAAUGUUAAGGGAAGCAAAUAGUCAGCUGUCCAUGAAGCUGAAAGAGGUUGAAAACAAUAGAGAUGUAUUGGAAGAAACGUAUGAACAACUUCAAACAGAAAAAGAGAAACUAGAGAGGCAAGUACAGGAAAUUGGGGAGUCUCAGAAACCGUCUACAAGUGAUAACGAUAUCGAAUUACAACUAACUGAGCUUCAGCAACAGUGUGAGAAACUUUUAGAAGAAAAUAAUAAUCUCAAAAAGUCUUUAAAGGAAUCAGGUGAAUCAGUUUUCGAAAAGGACGUGGAACUAGUGGAAAGACUUCAGAGUGCCCAAUCUGAGACUGACAAGUUCCACCUGACCAUUCAAGAGUAUAUGGAAACAAUUGAUAAUUACAAAUCUAUAAUUGAAGAUAAUAAACAAGAAUUAAUUAGUUCAUCCAAAAUCAUCAAUGAUUUGCAACAAAAGUUGAAUGAAAGAGAAAAAGGAAUAUCUGAAGACAAACUGGAAAUUGAGUCCUUAAAUUCCACAAUAUCUAAUCUAAAUACAGCUUUGACUAAUUUAGAAGAAUUGCACAAAAAUCAGAAUCAAGAACAUGAUGAAAAGGUUCAAGAUAAAAUGAGAUUAUUAGAAGAAGAACUGGACGAUUUGAAAACGACUCUAAAUCAGCAAAUUGAACAAGCUCAAGAGUAUGAGAAAGAACUAUCUGAAUGUCAUGAAAUUAUUACCGGCUUAAACAGCGAGUUAAAAGAGUCAAACAUCAGAUUGAAUCAGUGCAAGGAGACACUUAAACUUAAGGAAGAUGAAAUCAACAAACUUUCAGAAGAUUUUAAUGAACAAGAAGCCUUUAUUAAAGAUUUAGAGAAAUCUAUCAAGGAGAAAACACAUGAAAUAAGUGGAAAAGAUAGCACCAUUGCCAAUCUUCAACAAUCAAUCGCCGAAAAAGAUGUUAAAUUCAAGGACUUAACGACCGAGUUGACGGAGAAAUUCUUGAGGUUACAAGAGCAAUUCGACGCAAACAAUGGUACAGUUGAGAUCAGAAUAGCAGAAUUGCAAAACAAGAACAAGGAUUUAACAGAAAAACUUAAAAAAUACGCAGCGAACCUGAAAAAGAAGAAUCAAGAACUAAAAGAACUUCAAAGUGUAAAUCCAACAGAGCUUCAAAAUAAAAUCACCCAGCUGAUGCAAGAGAAAUCAGAACUCGAAUCUAACAAUGUUCAGUUACAAAAUACAAUUCUGCACUUGAAAGAAGAGAAAGCAAACGAAAAGGAGAAUGUUUUAAGCUUGCAGCAAGAAUUUUCUAAUGUCCACGAAGUGUCAGAUAACGCCGAAAACAGCGAUGUGGCAAAAGAUGCGAAAAUUAAAGAACUCGAAAUGAUUAUAGAGACAAAGGAAAACGAACUCUCCGAAAAACAGGCCAGAAUUGAUAGAUUAGAAGAGGCUAUCUCACAUCUGGAAGAACGAAGGAUGAGUUUGGAGAGGACGAAUGUUGCUCUCGGCGAUAAAUUGACUGAAACCAACGCUUCCUUUGAAGAAAAAUCACUUGAAGAGGAACAGUUGGAGCAGAAAUUGGCCAAUUUAUUACAAAAAGACGAGGCUCUCAGUCAGAAACUGGAGAAUAUUAUAUUGGAAAAUGAAGAGUUAACAAUAAAGAACCAAGAAGUUUUGGAGGAGAAUGAUAAAUUAACGGUUAGGAUCAUCGAAGUGGAGAAGGAAUUAGCUCAAAGAGUUAGUUCUCAAAAUGCUUAUCAAGAACUUGAAAUUGCGAAUCAAGAAUACGUGAAACAAAUAACCACAUUGGAAAAUCAAAUAAGAAAUGUUCAACAAGAAAAUGAUAUGCUUAAACAACAAUCCAAAAUUGAAUCAGAGAAAUAUGAGAAUGAAACUCAAAUGCAAAUGGACAAAAUUAAUGAAAUAACUGUUAAAAACGAAAAAUUGGAAGAAGAGUUCCAAAUUUUGUUGGAUAGGAAUACUGAACUUCAGUCAGUUGUAGAAGAUCAGAAGAGUAAAUUAGACGAGAAUACUGAUUUACUCGACAAGAUCAACGACCUUAAUAAUCUUUUAGAAAAAGCACAGGGCGAAAAUACUGAAUUAAAGAACAGAGAAAAAGAACUUAAUGAACAAAUUUCAAGUUUAAAAGUGGAUUUGAUAAAAGAUAUCGCUUCAGAAGCAGUUGAUGAGAUAAUAUCUGAAGCUAAAUCGCAGGCUUCUUCAAAGGAAACGACGCCAUUACACAAUGUGUCAACUUCUGAAACAAAUGUGCCUACAUUCACGUGGGGCGACAGUUCGAACCAAGAAGGUUCAGAUUGGUUUACCACCAUUCAACCUAAUGAAAUAGCUCAGAGUCAGGAAACGAAUAUCGGAAACCAAACAGAGAGUGCCGACUGGUUUACGAAUGUUCAACCUAACGAAACAGUUCAGAGUCAAGAACAUAGUCAAACCAACACAGAAAAUCUUGAGAAUAACUCCACAGAGGAGCUCUUAAAGAAAAUAAAGACUUUGGAGUUCAUGCUGUAUAGCGUUGAAAAGGAAAAAGACAACGCCCUGCUGCAGUGUCACGAAUUGAGCAACGAACUUACACGGCUUAUUUAUGAGAGAGAAGCUCAACAACCAACUACACAAAUUGCUCCAAGCGUUAUUGAGGCACAGAUCAUCCCACAAGCUGUUCAUCAGCAACAAAACAUACAAGAUCUUCCGAAUCUGGGUGGAUUAGAAUCACAGAUCGUUUCUGAAGUUGACAUCGUUGAUAGUACGAAAGAUCAAAGCUUGCGGGCGGUAGAAUUCGAACCUACUAGAGCUCAUGAGGUUGUAACCCAGGGAACGCCAGUAGUUGAAGAAGGCUUCUCUAAGAAGGAAGCUUAUAAGUGUUUUAAGACUGGAGAAGAUGAAGCGACUCCCGAAGACGGGCUUGCUUCUGGUUUAGAUCCUCAAGCUGCUGUGCCUAUUGAAAGUUUUGUGGAUGAUAACGAUGAUGGUUGGGGAUGGGGUUCGGACGAAGCGAAAAAAGAAGAGGCCUACUUAUUGAAAGCCUCACAACCUGAAGCAAACUUGAAGACUCAAGUUGAAUUAUUGUCAGAGCAACUUAGAGUUUUCCAACUUGAACGAGAAAAACACUUAGAAGAAAUAAAACAGCUGCAAAUAAAAUCGGGAAAAUUAAUUAAAAAAUGCAAAGAAUUUAAGGUGAAAUAUGAACAAGUAUGUCAAAGCAAGAAAGAUUCAGCUUCCACUUCUAAGGAAGAUGAUUUCUUCAAUUUAGACAAUACUAUACAGGAGGAGUUGAAAUCGCAGAUAACACAACUAGAAAAGAAUCUACGCGAAAUUAGUAAUGAAUUGGAGAAAGAAAAACUUGAGAAGUCUUCAAUUUUAAAGAAAGUUGACACAUUAACGGCGGCCAAUGAGAAGUUGAUCGAGAUGAAGGAAAAACAAGACAUAGAACUUGUUAAUGUUCAAAGACAGUGCCAAGAAGCUGUUCAUAAACUUGAAAAAUACGAAUGGGAGAACGAUGGAUUUACGACAGAUGCUUCUCCGAAAACGACAUCUGAAUCUGCUGAACCAAAGUCACAGGAAGCUGAGAGGAAAUAUGAAGAAAGUCGUCAACAAGUUGAGGAGAUUAAAGAGUCUCUAAGAGAUUUAAUGUUGGACAAUGAAGAACUGCAAGCUCUUUUAGAGGAACAAAGAAAUCUGAGGAUUGAGGCAGAGAAUAAGUUGAAGAAUUUGUCAGUUUCUCGAGAGAAUGUCAAGUCUGAAGAAGAGUUCUUGGAGGUUGUGGCUCAAAAAAGCCAACUUGAGAAUGAAAUCAAACGACUAAAAGAAUCGUCAGUAAGUUUAGUCCAAUAUAAAGCUCUGGAGGCUUCCUUGAAAGAAUCGCAGGAAAGUAGCACAAGAGAAGAUGAGUAUUCUUUAUUGUUAAAACAAAACAGUGACUUAGAGCAACAACUUGAAUUUCUGAAAGAAACGUCAAAGCCCUUGGAAGAAUAUAAUAGAUUAAUAAAUGAAAGGAAUGAAUUACAAGAGAACUCAAAUAACCUUAGGGCAGAAAUUGGGGAAGUGAUGCGUAGAUAUGAAGAAGAGAUGCAGUUAAAAACUGAUCUGCAGACAAGAUUUAUGCAUAUAGAAGCAAACUAUGAAAAUUUAACAAGAGAAUUAGUCGAAUUGCGUUCUAGGGCUGAUGUUGCUUCAGAAGAGCUGCACCAGCAAAGCACUCUCAGUUCCACCAUUGCUAUCAUGGAACAAGAAAAAGCAGAUCUGGAAGAAAGGAUUAGGUACAUGGAAGAAUUAAAUGAGAAACUUCAAAAAGAUUAUAAUAAUUUGCAAGAAAGGACCGUGGAAGAUGCGGAUGCGGUCUUAGAUUUAAAGAAAAAACUUGAUGAUAUGGACCAAAGUAAUAGAGAAUUACAAGCACAAAACCACUCAUUAAAUCAACAAAUUCAAAAUUUGGAAUUAGCCUUGUCGCAAAAUAAACCAACAACUAUGCUGCAGAGUGCAGCUUCUUUCUUUGAUGCUCCUAAAACAGAUCAAUCAGAAGUAAUGGCACUGAAAAAUGAAAUAGCAGACCUCAAUGAGAAAUUAAAUGCACUGGAUAAUGAAAAUAAGUCAUUAAUUGAGAGAUUAGGUAACCAAACAACUAAUGAACAUCUCUCUUUCGGCAACGCAUCGUCAUUCUUCGAAAAUUCUGCACCACCAUCUGCUAAUUUGGAAUUACAAAAUGAAAUAAUUAUACUGAAUGAAAAGCUUCAAAAAUUGGAAUCAGAAAAUGCAAGGUUGAAUGCUACUGUUCAACAACAUAAAUCAAGCGAAUCUUCGUUGUUUGGUAGUGCUGCUUCAUUCUUUGAUAACCCCAGUCAGCCAGACAGUGCUAAAUUACAAAAUGAAAUACAUCAAUUAACGGAAAACUUGCGUAUAUUAGAGAAUGAAAAGAAAGCCUUAUAUGACCAGUUAAAUCAACAGAAAACCGUCUCAGCUUCGUCAUUCUUUGAAGAUGUAAAUACGAUAGACAAUUCUCAAAUUAAUAAGUUGCAAGAUGAAGUUGCAAAUUAUGUGGAAGUGGUAGAAAAAUUAAAGAGAGAAAAUUCUGAGUUGGCCAGCUCUUUAAAACAAUCAGCCGAACCGGACGUCUCAGAAAUAGAAAGCUUGAGAACUGAAAACGAGGCACUCAAGAGUAAGGUAGAUAAUCUAAACUCACUGAUUGAACAACAAACUUUAGAGCUUACAGGAUUAAAAGAAAAUGCAGAGCAUUCUCAAAAAUCCUAUCAGUUAAACUUGGAAACAACAGUGGAGGAACUGAAUAAAAAAUGGGAAGAAGAAUGUAUAAGCAGAGGAGAUGUGAUUGCGGAAACAUGGAAAUUACAUUUAGAGACUGUCGAAAAUGACUUUAAUAAUUUGAAAAAUCAAUUGGAGCUUGAAAUAAGUGAAUUGGGAGAACGCUGCAAUACUCUAGCAAAUGAAAACAACGAAUUGAGGAAGAACGUGGAUUUAGAAAUUCGAAACGAGGUAGAUAAAAUCUCUGCACUCGAACAACAAAUCAAAAAUACAACAGCUGCCUUGCAGCAAAAAGACGUGGAAUUACAACAAGUUCAAAAUAGUGUUGUAAUGCUGCAGGCGGAAGUGGACCAGUACAAACUGGAAGUUCAAGAAAAGGAUAAAAAAUUGGAGAGCAUUAACGUGGUCAUUGAAACUACAAUGAAACAAUUCGAGGAAAAACGAGAAGUUGUAGAAGAAGUGGUCAAAAUAUUAGAGAGAAAUGUCAAUUGGGUUCUGUCAUUCGAAAAAGACGAUAUUAUUAAAGAAAUACAAAAUCAAUUGGCAGGCAAUUCAAAUAAGGAUUCUGAACUUGCUGCAUUGCAGCAAAAAUUACACGACCUGGAGGUAGCAACUUUUGCAACGAACGCCGCAUUAGAAACCAAGUCUCAGGAACUCCAAGUUUCUUUAGCUAACAUUGAAAGUUACAAGUUAAAGUUGGAAGAAUAUGAUAACACUUAUGCCACCAUGUAUUCUAAUUUAGAAGAAAAAAAUCGUCAGGUGACUGACUUAACUGAGAAACUGCGACUUUUAGAGAGCACAAACAAUGACAAUAACAAGGAUGUGCAUAAAUUGGAGCAAGAAUUAUCUCAGUGCAAGGGUGAUUGUACUCUAAUGCAAUCUUCCUUAGCAGAGACGCAGAACAGCUUAUUUACCACAGUUCAGAGUUACCAAGAGAAGUGUACAGCAUUUGAUAAGCUAACUGAAGAUUAUACUCUAUUACAACAACAAUAUCAAGACAAACAGGCCGAGUACAACAACCUCCAAAUCAUAUAUGAGGAAAAAUGUAAAGAGUUCAACUUUGUGAAUGAGAAGCAAAACACCGACUUUAACAGUUCUAUGCAGGUUGAAGAAACCUACAAGUCUAAAAUGAGGGAACUGGAGAACUACUACGAAAAUUUGUUGCUCGAAAAACAGAACGAUUUCGAAAGCAUCAAAUCUUUGAAUGCCAGUAUAACAACCGAACUGGAAACGAUUAAAGCGGAUAAUCAAAAUUUACAAUCUCAGGCGCUUACAGAACUCACCAACCAACUGGACAAUUUACAGCAGCAAUUAGCCCAGAAGAAUUUAGAAAUUCAGCAAAUUCACAACGAAUAUUCCAUUAAAUUUGCAGAACAUUCUAAUGUGAACGAACAGGUUAAUGAACGAGCACAAUAUUGUCAACAGUUGGAGAUGAGAACGGCCGAACUGGAACACCACGUGGGCGAAUUGAACGCGAUGAUACAGGGUCAACAGGAUAAAAUAGCAGAACAGGCAUCAGUAAUUCAACAAAAUAACACUCAAAUUGAGGAUCUGAAGAAGAUUGUUGAAGGUCAGGUAAUCAAGAUUGAAGAGCUGAAGAAUGAACUGUACCAAAAGAGCAACGAGUUCGACACUAUUAUAGCGGAAAUGGAUAUCAAUAGGAGUCAGAGCAGCGCUAUUACCAAACAACCUGCUUCUGGAUCUGGUGAUUCACCAAAGUCUGAACGAAGCGAUGACCCAUCGGAUCCGGUUAGUAGAGCGGAGCUGGACCUCGCCCUCUACAUGCUCCACCAAAGGGACGUGCGCUGCGAAGAGUUAACUGUAGAAUUAACGCAGUUACUGGAGGAGCGAGACACAUUGCAACUCCGCUUGUCAAGCGCAAUCCGAGAAAAAGAGGACUUGCGCAGAAGAAAGGCGGCCGGAGAAGAUGUCGGAGUGAUGGCUGGUGCGUCAAUGAGUCCAAGUAAAUCGUCAGCGAUUUUUAUGGCUGCAUCGGGUAUUGAAGUGGGCACUGAACCUCUAGAGGAGGAAGGUGGACAAAAUUUGGCCACAAAAUUAUCAGAACUUAAGAGUGUGGGUUACAAGAAGGAUAAGACCUUUGUGGAUGAACAAGAAUCGAGACGACUUCAACAACUGGCAAUUAUGCAAGAACACAUUCAUGAAGCUUCAAAAUUACCUCCAGAAGCAGCUCAAAAGCUUGUAGAUGCCAGUUAUACACUGUCACGAGAUGUUCAGAGUCCUUCAAAGGUACUACUUAACUGGCUUUGGGGUAGGAGUACACCAAAAGUCAAUGAUACAUAGGAAUAGCAUUGAUUCAGUAUUGUGCCUACAUAAACUUCCAAUGAAAUUCCUGGGAUAUUCUGAUUAUACAUAUAUGUAAUUUAAAAUGCAGGUUAACCUUUAUUUUCUAUAUACAUAUGCAAUAUUUUAAUUGUAGAUAUUUUGUUUUUUCUUUUUAUGUCCUUUUCAGUUUGUUUUAAAAUAUAAAUAACAAAACCUGUAUAUAGUCUUGUUUCUUUCUGCAUUUAAAUUUUUAUAUUUAAAACACAUGUACAGUAAGAUAAUAGAUUUUAUAAAUAUGUGUGUAUUAUAAAUAAAUGUGAAGGAAAAUUAUCAAUUGUUUAUUACCCAUUUUUAACUUACACUUACGUGAAGAUUGAAAUAUUUCAUAAUUCAUAAACUAAAUGUUCUCUUUAAAAAUUUACAAUUUGUUGAAUAAAAUAUUAGAAAGCUA